AUGUCUGUGAGAAUAGGCAACACGCGGCUAGCAUACGCGCGGCUCUGGCACCACGUCGACGUCCGCGAUAGGACACUUGGUCGUCUUGCAACCUCAAUAGCAACGACCCUCAUGGGCAAGCAUAAACCCAUCUAUCAUCCAGCGACAGACUGUGGUGACUAUGUCGUUGCUACAAACUGCGCGGCGCUGCAUACCACAGGCAACAAGCUGGACCAGCACUUGUACUACAGACAUUCAACAAAACCUGGACACCUCAAGACUGCCACGAUGCGGGAGGUGAUGGAGAAGAAGGGAGGUGGUGAAGUGCUCAGGCGGGCGGUGAGCGCCAUGCUGCCGAAAAACAGGCUCAGAGAUGUUAGGCUGGAGCGACUCAAGGUGUUUGAGGGCGAGGGUCACGCAUACAAGCGCAACAUCAUUAAACGAUAUUGA